AUGGAAGUAUAUAAUGGCAUUGUUGAACGCCAUUAUGGACCUAGUAAAUGGAUUCCAGUCUUUGCCAGGCUCGCCUGGUCCCCUCCUACCCUCUUUGGCCCAGACCCCCUCAAGGACCGCAUUAAUGUGUUCACUGAUGUUGGAAAAGGGGGCGUGGCAGUCAUUGUUUAUCAGGAUAAACAUCCAAGGCAUAUUUUCAGGAUACUUUUUCUCGGACCGCAUGGGCUACAGCCCACACUAGAGAUUGAACACAGGUUACAGUGUGAACAUAUGACCAGAAGAAAGUUUAUUCUUGCCUCAGUUCUUGCUCUCCAAAAUUCAAGUUUUUUAUACCCUUCAUGUCAGAAAUGCCUCUCUCGGAUAAUCGUAGUCUCCAGAAGUCUACUUGUCCAAAAAUGUGGCUCUACUGAUGAAAUUGAAAAUGUCAGAUUCAGAUACAGACUUUCCUUAAAAGUUGCUGAAUCAAACAGAUUAUUUGACAUCACUGUAUUUGGAAGCUGCCUGGACAGAUUUUUUGGUCUUACAGCUACUGAUUUGCACAGUUACCUGCAGGAACCUGGUAGGACUCAAAAAACUCUGGACUGGACUGCAACUCAGAACCUACUCACUAAAGCAGUUCAAACUUCCUUUGUUGGACAGAGCUUUAUUUUUGGAGUGACGAAUUUUGAAAAACAGUGUGGACCUGGUUCAGACUCCAGUAACUCCAGAAAGCCAUUCUCUGACCAACAUAAAGAAAUUAAAGCACUUGUAGCUUGCCAGAUUCUUCUUCCAGACCCAAGUCUUGCAGGUUUUACUGUUAUUGACUACUUCAAUCAACUUUUGCAGCUUUCAGAUUUUGGAAAACAUCAUUGUGACUCUUGCGCAUCUAAUAGCUACUUACUUGCUCUAGAACACUCAAAUAGUGAUCCCAGCAACCUAGAUGGAUCUGACAAAAGUUCUUGUCUUUUUGGAUACCAUAGUAGCAAGGUAUUUUCAAGAUCCUGGCAGCUUUCUUUGGAACUUGUUUCUAUUAAUUCACAACUAACAGAUGAUGAUAAUGAUUUUCAGGUUUUGGAAUCAAGCUGGGCUAUUGGGACUCAUCACAAGCACAAAAAAUGCCCCUCCUUUGCAAAGGCUACUAAUUCUGAUGGCUACUCUAGUGCUAUUCAAGGAUCAUGGAGCCUUAUUUCAUAUAUGGAUAAGAAGGGUUUAACACAAAAGUUGAAUGAAACACUAGACUUACAAGCUCUUCAGCCAAGUACAGUUCAAAGCAGUCAUGGAAUUGGGAUUACCAAUUCUCAAUUGUUGCCUUUAAAUAUACAAGGAUCCCUGGAGACAAGAAACACCAAAUCAACCCACAGCACAAUAGAAACUAAAAUUAAAUAUUCCCUAUUUAACAAACAGUAUCACCAACAUCAGGAUAUAGAUACCCACCUUAAUUUUCAAGGGAGAUCUGUGUAUAACCUACCUUCAUCACUCAAACAAGAAGAGAUAUCUCAUGGUUCCCAGAAUUAUGACAAUGAAAUUUGGGAUGAGCUGCCAUUUUCUGAAAGCUUAAACAAAUUUCUGGCAGCUACUGAAAAUGAGAUUGCUCUGUCUAAACCUAAUGCCAGUAGUGGGAAUUUUGACCUAGACAAUGACAUUAAUAAGUUACAUGCACACUUCAAAAAGUUUUCUGUGACUCCCCAAAGAACCACUAGAACCUUGCAUACACUUCCUGUUGAUUUAAGAUUAUCACAAGCUAAAGCAAAUUCUAGCAAAAAUAACAACCUUUCCUACUGUGAAGCAAAUCCGAGUUCUAGUAUUCGGAUAGAUUCGCCACCAAACAACACAGCAGCAACUGUCUCUAAAAGCAGAGAUAUAUCUGACUUUUUUCUACCAAAUGCUUAUCUCUCAACUAUAUUUUCAUCUUCAAAAGGUUUAGGAAAAACAGGUAUUUCUAAAUGUAUCAAAAUUCCACCACAUAGAACUGGAAUUUCACAUAUAAACAGUACUUCAGAGAAUGACCAUGCUUAUCUUGAUAUCCAAUAUUUCAAUGGACAAGAAGAAAAAUCACUUUUAGAAAUGAGUAAAAAGUUGAAAACUUUGCGCUCUAAGAGGUAUAGUGAUAAAUCUGACCUUUGCGAUUUAAAAAAUAAACAAUAUUUUACUUGGCUGAAGGAUCGAAGUGACUUUACAAUUUGCAGGAAACUUACUUAUCCUUUAGAAGAUCUUUGCAGUACAGAUAGGUUGAAAGAAAUACCUUGUGAGCAAAUUGGCAAUAAUUUAACACAGAAUUGUCACGAAAGUAGCUAUGAUGCUUCUGCUGACCUCUUUGAAGAUAAUACCAAAGAAAUAGAUAUUGCAACCGAAAUUACCCAAAAUUCACAGGAUAUUUUGUUGCAGUGGGAAAAGUCUUUGACAGAUAGUCAUAUGGAAUCUGAAUUUUCACUGAAACCACUUUCUGGAAAUUUCAGUCAAUCUUCACUAAAGUCUUCGCAAAACAAGUCUGUCUCUUUGUACUCAAGAACAUACUUUUCUCCACCUUACUUUCAUUCAGAGUCAGACUGUGAUUUUGAAGAUAGUCAAGAUUUUGUUCCCUGUUCACAAUCAACUCCACUUGCAGGAUUCCACCAAACAAGAAUUCAUGGAAUGAAAAAAACUACCAAAAUGUUGCCUGACUUUUAUAUGGGUUGUGAUACUAACUACAGGAAAACAAGUAUUUCCCCUGAAAAUUACAUACAACACACUCCCCCCUGCUGUUCAAAAAGUAUUUUAUCACCCAAGCAGAAAUCUAAAGGUUCUCUUAUACAACCUGAGAUUUUCAACAACAAUUCUACAACUGGGUGCCUUGCAAUUGACCUUAGUGAAUACAUUCCUCCUUCCACACAAAAAGCAUUUUCUUCAGAAAUGUUUGGAUGCCAAACAUUGGGUAAAAGAUGCUUUACUCCUCUUAAUUCUGAUCAAAAAGAGUUACCAAAAAAGAAAGUGAAAUAUGACAGACAAAGAGCUGAAAAAGGUUUGAUUAAGAAAAAGUUAAGUUUAAAGACCGUGACUAAAAUAAAAGUUACCAAACAGAAGACUUCUAACAUGAUAAGUGGAGGCAAGAUUUCCAGAGAGUCGAUUUGGGGCCACGAUUCUUGUUUAGAAGUCAACUAUUGUCUUCCAUAUUCGGACAAGAGGCUUUUUUCAGUGCCUGAAAUGAACAGUGCUUGGUCUCCUGAAUUGUUUUAG